GCAUGCACCAGGACCAAGUAUACUAGGAGAUAAAGAAAGAGGCAAAGCUGUCAGAUACCACUGUAAUGGCAGAUUCUCUAUCUCUUCCUCUAUGUGAAAAAACCAGUGUUAAAGUUUGUACACUGCGGAGAGCCCUAGAAAUUGUAAUUUCAGUCCUCUUCAUUUGUCUCCUUGCUUAUCGUCUCUUCUCUCUCACUGACCAUGGCAUUCCAUGGCUUCUCGCCUUCCUCUGCGAGUCUUGGUUUGCCAUCAAUUGGGUUCUCAACCUCAUCACCGUAUGGACUCCCAUGGAUUACAAAACGUACCCCAACAAUCUCUUGCUACAGGUGCCGGAGCUUCCUGCGGUGGACCUGUUUGUAUCAACGGCAGAUCCAGUGCUAGAGCCGCUUAACGUCAUGGUGAACACUGUCCUGUCUUUGCUGGCGGUUGAUUACCCAGCUCAUAAGCUAGAUUGCUACGUAUCCGAUGACGGGUGUUCCCCCCUCACCCUUUUUUCUCUCAUUGAAGCCUCAAAGUUUGCUAGGAUUUGGGUUCCCUUCUGUAAAAAGCAUGGCAUUCAAGUAAGGGCACCUUUCAGAUACUUCUCUGCGGACGAGUUCACAUUGCGAAGUGAUAGUACACCGGAGUUGCUUCUAGAACGGACAAAAGUGAAGGAUGAGUAUGAAAAUCUCUGCCAAAAGAUUAAAGAUGGCCAUCAUUCGGUACCCCUUGAUAUUUCUGAAGACUAUGCAACUUUUGCCCACACAGAUAAUAACCAUCCUACAGUGAUCAAGGUAAUAUGGGAGAACAAACAAAGGCUUUCAAAUGGAUUACCACAUUUAGUUUAUGUAGCCCGAGAAAAGCGCCUGAAUCACCCACAUCAUUACAAAGCCGGGGCAAUGAAUGUUUUGACCAGGGUCUCUGGGGUGAUGACAAAUGCUCCAUUUAUGUUGAACGUGGACUGCGAUAUGUAUGCCAGCAAUUCGAAAAUUGUUCUUCACGCAAUGUGCUUAUUGCUGGGUUUCAAUAUGAAAAACAAUGUGCAUUCGUGAUUUGUUCAAUGUCCCCAAAUCUGCUAUGACUAUUUGAAAGAUGACCCAUUUGGAAACUCAAUGACCUUGCCUUUAAAAACUUUUUGGCCAGGGAUUGCUGGGAUCCAAGGACCACUGUAUGCAGGAACUGGAUGUUUUCACAGACGUAAAGUUAUCUAUGGUUUAUCCCUACAAGAUAGUAUAGGUCAUAUUCAAGGAAAUUUAGACGUUGAGGCACUGAAAGACCGCCACAAGACCUAUCCAGUGCUGCUGAAGAGGCAUGUAAAGUACGUUGCUCGCUGUGGGUAUGAGCAUAGCACAUCCUGGGGAAAACAGGUAGGCUGGAUUUAUGGGUCGAUAACUGAAGACCUUCUAACCGGGAUGAAGAUCCACGCAAGGGGAUGGAAAUCCAUCUUAUGCAAGCUGGAUCCACCAGGCUUUGUUGGGUCUGCACCUAAAAGUGUGCCAGUUAUGCUAACCCAAAGGAAGAGGUGGAUCACAGCACUCCUAGAAGUUUUGUUCAGCAAAAACAGUCCUAUCUUUUCCACCCUCAAUGCCAAGCUCGAGUUUAGGAUGUGCUUGGCUUACAUCUGGAUCCUAAUAUAGGGCUUACACUGUAUCCCUGCUUUAUGCUAUUCUCUCCUGCCAGCCUACUGUAUCAUUACCAACUCUCAUUUCCUUCCCAAGAUAGAAGAACCGGCUCUCCUAAUGUUUGCGGCUCUAUAUCUUGCUAACAACUUAUACACUCUGUAUUUUUACCUUGAAUCUGGUCUAUCAAUCACUGCAUGGUGGAAUUAUCAAAGAAUGGGGCCACGAAACACUGUAUUAUCGACAACUUCUUUGCUAUUUGGGACCAUGAGUGUGGUACUCAAGCUUGUGGGGAUUUCUGAGGUGAUAGUUGAAGUCACACAAAAGGAUGAAUAUUCCUCUAGUGAUGAUGAUCACAAUGCCAAUGAUGCUAAUGCUGGCAAGUUCACUUUCGACGAGUCUCCAAUAUUUGUACCACCUACGACCCUCUUGUUUGUGCAUUUAACAGCGUUGGCUAUGAGAUUGUUGGGAGUGAAAUUACCAGUAGCUCUACAAGUGACGACAGGAGGGGAGAAAGAGAGAGAUGGAGAAUUGGGGUUGUUGUCUUGCCGCACCUCUCUUACUCAGGUAAUUGAGGGAUUGGAGAUGACUAAAGUCCUAUGA